CUGGCCCUGGCCCUGGCCCUUCAGGAGGGCCCGCUCCCAGGAAGCCCGAGGACCACGAGAGAUUUGCAGCCAGCUGCACCAGCUCUGCCAUCAGUGGCUGCAGCCAGAAAGACACAGCAUGGCUCAGAUGCUGGACCUGGUGGUCCUGGAGCAGUUCCUGGCCAUCCUGCCCGCGGAGAUGGAGAGCUGGGUGCGGGAGUGCGGAGCGGAGACCAGCUCCCAGGCGGUGGCCCUGGCCGAGGGCUUGCUGCUGAGCCAGGCGGAGGAGCAGAGAGAGUGGCAGAGGUCCUUCUUGGCGGCAAUUAUAGAACCUCUUGAAGAAAGGAGGGAUGUGCCAAAACCCUCUCAGGAGCUGUUUUUCAGAGAGUUCUCCAAGGAAGAUCAAUGUCAGGAAAUCUCAGGAGGGAAUACUACAAUGGCAUUGUCAUUUGUAGGAUCAUCUCUUUUUGGUGGAUGUGAAAGAGCAGUGGAAUCUCCAGCUCAGAGUCUUGUGUCCCUCAAGGAAGUGGCCGUGUAUUUCUCAGAGGAGGAGUGGUCUCAGCUGGAUCCCCACCAAAAAGCCCUGCAUCAGGAAGUCAUGCUGGAAAACCUGAGGAAUGUGGCCUCUCUGGGAGCUAAUGAGCAAGAACAAGAGAAAGAUGAGGAGCCAUUUCAAAGGAUCAGUCAGAAAGAGAGAAGAGAGAUGCUUGUGGAUCAAGUGGAACCAAGAAGUCAGAAGAGAAAACAGUCAGAAAAUGGGAGGAAGAACAGCUGCCCAACACUCACUACAGGAAAAGAGCACGAAUGCAUGGCGGAUGGGAAGGGUUACACUCAGAAUUUUUCUUUUUCUCUACAUGAAAGAGAUCACGUGGAAGAAAAACCAUACAAAUGCAUGGAAUGUGGGAAAAGAUUCAGGUGGAGACCUGCCUUUACUUCCCAUAAAAGGAUCCACACAGGGGAGAAACCAUAUAAAUGCAUGAAGUGUGGAAAGAACUUUCGUCAAAUCAGUUCCCUUAUUUCCCAUAAAAGAGUCCACACAGGGGAGAAACCAUAUAAAUGCAUGAAGUGUGGAAAGAACUUUCGUCAAAUCAGUUCCCUUAUUUCCCAUAAAAGAGUCCACACAGGGGAGAAACCAUAUAAAUGCAUGAAGUGUGGAAAGAACUUUCGUCAAAUCAGUUCCCUUAUUUCCCAUAAAAGAGUCCACACAGGGGAGAAACCAUAUAAAUGCAUGAAGUGUGGAAAGAACUUUCGUCAAAUCAGUUCCCUUAUUUCCCAUAAAAGAGUCCACACAGGGGAGAAACCAUAUACAUGUUGUCAGUGUGGAAAGAACUUCAACACAAGCAGCAACCUUUCUUCCCAUAAAAAGAUUCAUUCAAAGGAGAAACCACAUACGUGCGCUGAGUGCGGAAAGAGCUUCAGGAGGGCCAGUGAUCUGACUCUUCAUAAAGGGAUUCACACAGCAGAGAAAUCCUACAAAUGCACCGAGUGUGGAAAAAGCUUCCAUACAAGCAGGCGCCUUACUUCCCAUCAAACAAUUCACACUGGGGAGAAGCCAUUCCAGUGCCCAGUGUGUGGAAAGAGUUUCCGGGUAUAUUGGUCCCUUACUUCACAUAAAAGAAUACACACAGGGGAGAAGCCACAUAAAUGCAUAGAAUGUGGAAAGAGCUUUACUCAGAGCAGUGAUCUAAUUUCCCAUAGAAGGAUCCACACAGGGGAGAAGCCAUACAAAUGUAGAGACUGUGGGAAAAUAUUCCGAAAAAGUAGUUCCCUUGCUUCCCAUAAAAGAAUCCACACAGGGGAGAAACCAUAUAAAUGCAUUGAGUGUGGAAAGAACUUCAAAAAUAGCAGCAGUCUUUCCAGCCAUAAAAGGGUCCACACAGGGGAGAAACCAUAUCACUGUAUGGAAUGUGGAAAGAGCUUCACGCAGAGCAGUUCCUUUACUUCCCAUAAAAGAAUCCACUCAGGAGAGAAAACUUAUAAAUGUACUGAGUGUGGAAAGAGUUUCAGGAGGAGCAGUGACCUUACUUAUCAUAAAAGGAUCCACACUGGGGAGAAGGCUUAUAAAUGUAUAGAGUGUGGAAAGAGCUUCAGUAUGAGCAGUUCCCUUGCUUCCCAUAAAAGAAUCCACACAGGUGAGAAAGCAUAUAAAUGCAUGGAAUGUGGAAAGAGUUUCAGGUGGAGUAGUGCCCUUACUUCCCAUAAAAUGAUUCACACGGGGGAGAAACCGCAUAAGUGUAUGGAGUGUGGAAAGAGUUUCCAAAAUAGCAGCAAUCUUUUGACCCAUAAAAGAGUCCACACAGGGGAGAAACCAUAUAAUUGUAUGGAGUGUGGAAUGAACUUCAGGAGGAACACUGACCUGAUUUCCCAUAAAAGGAUCCACACAGGAGAGAAACCAUAUAAAUGCAUGGAAUGUGGAAAAAGCUUUAGUAUGAGUAGUAAUCUUACUUCCCAUAAAAGGAUCCAUAUGAAGCAGAAGCCGUAUAAGUGCAUGGAUUGUGGAAAGAGCUUUACUCAGAAUGGUAACCUUACUUCCCAUAAAAGGAUCCACAGUGGGGAGAAAGCUUAUAAAUGUAUGGAAUGUGGAAAGAGUUUUAGGUGGAGCAGUGCUCUGGCAUCCCAUAAAAGGAUCCACACAGGGGAAAAGCCAUAUAAAUGCACAGAUUGUGGAAAGAGCUUUACUCAGAACAUUCAACUUACUUCCCAUAAAAGGAUCCAUACAGGAGAGAAACCUUAUAAAUGCACUGAGUGUGGAAAGAACUUCAGUAAGAGCGGUCAUCUUACUUCUCAUAAAAGAAUCCAUUCGGGGGAAAAACCGUAUAAAUGCACUGAAUGUGGAAAGAGCUUUAGUCAAAGUGGUACCCUUAAUUCCCAUAAAAGGAUCCAUAUGAGGAAUAAUCCAUUCACAUUUAUGGAAUUUGGGAAGAGCUAGAAUUAAAGCAGUCAUUCUGUUUCACAUCGGUGAACUUGUGUGAAGCAAAGUCAUAGAAGUAACAAGUGUGCAAUAUUUCCUAGGUUGUGUGAGGAAAAUAUACCUUUGGGUGAAAAGCAAGUUUUUAGAGGCCUCAUGAAUAGGAUCGCCUUAAUAAAGUUGAAACAUAAAGGAUGCUGCACAUUCCUUUAUGUUUCAAUUUUAUUAAGGCAAUCCCAUUCAACUGAGGCCUCUAAAAACUUGCUUCUUUCACCCAAUUCCACGCGUGUAUUUGUGGCAUACUAAGGCCACAGUGGAAAAAAACAUCAGCUAGAGCAAAAUACAUAUUUCCUUUAUUUAUUGUAUCUUUACAUUGAAUUUUAAUUAAGUUUCUGAAAUAUCAGUAAUGCUGUUAUGCCCAAUUCAUAUUUUUAACCAUUUUCUUCCUCUCACAUUCCAAAGUGGCCACAAUCUUGCAAAUCUGAUUGUGCUGGAACUCCUUUUUAUCAUUCAGAGAAUUAGGGAGGAGUCUGAGCCAUGUCUGAAUGGACAUUCUGGACUUAAAAAAUGCUUUAGCCCCUUUUGCCUAGGCAACGGAGUUUGUAUAGCUCCAUCUUCAUUACUGUAUAGCUUCAUUACUCUAAAAAGCCCAGGUAUUGCAGCAAAGUCAAAAUAGCCAUGGUGGUGCAGUCCUCAGCAGCUGGAUGGGGAGGGGUGUUUCUGCAGCACACUUGCUGGCCAGUUAGACAAAAAUAUCUCCAUCACUGCAAAGUUCUGUAGAUUGCCCAUGUGGACGCUUCGUACUGGGAGAAGAAAGAAAACACAACUUCCAAACUGAAACAAGCAAUGAUUGCUCUCAGCUUCCUUAGUAGCAGAUUACAAAUGAGAUGGAGGUGAUGUAACACUGGGUUCCCUCCCUCCCUCCCUCCCUCCCCAAAAAAACACUAAAGUGUGCCUUGGCAAGCAGGAUACAAGGACAAGCCCUGUAACCAGCAUUUGCUGAUUUUUGCAGCUCCUAGCACUCAGAAUAGAAAUUGAAGUAAACAAAA